AUGUCUUCAGAUAGAGAGCGCAAAAAACUAUCCACAAGAUUAAAUGCCUUGUUUGAGGGAAUAUAUGAGUUGACUGAUGGAAGUGGUCAAAAGAUUAGUGAAACGUUUCAAAGAUUACCUUUACGAACAGGUACUGACUACUACAAAAUAGUAUUAAACCCUGUUUCCCUUCAUGGAAUAGGCAGAACUAUAAAAAAAUCUGGGUUCGACAAUGCGCAAGACUUUAUUAAUCAGUUGGCCCAGAUCACCUGGAAUGCGAGGUUGUAUAAUGUCAAAGGAUCUAAAAUAUACAAUGAGGCUUUAAUUUUAGACCACUACAUUACAGAUAAGGUUAUCCCUAAAUUGCAAAACGACAAGGCUAUUGUUAAUCAUCAAUAUCUUUAUUAUCCUGAUUUAGGUCCAUUACCUGAGGAAGACCGACCCAUUCAGGAAAACGGAUUUGAAGAAGAAGAAGAAGAAGAGGAUGAUUAUGAUGAUUAUUCAUCUAGAACAACAAAUCCUGCUCCUACGGAUCAUCACUACAAGGCACUAAUGGCUAAUAAUUUGCUAACGAAUAGGUUACGUGAUAAUUCAACGUCCCCGUUUCAGGCAAAACAGCAUUUAGAGACAGGGAUUAGGAGAGGUCGUCCUCCGAUUAUUGAUAAGCCUUUUGAAACUCGUAUAAAGUUGAUUUUAAAGCAAAUGAAGAAGUUACGUGAUCCAAACAACCCCAGUCACCCAUUAACGACACAUUUCGAUAGAUUGCCGGAUCAAAGGGUACUUCCUAAUUAUUAUCAUGUAGUUGCAAAUCCUAUCAGUUUAAAUGAGAUCCGAGCAAAGGUAAGAACAAGAAAAUACUCGAACGUCAAUCUUUUUUUAGCUGACUUGAGCUUGAUGUUUCAAAACACUAAGUUGUAUUACUCUAAUGACCAAUAUUCAGAGGUUUUGAGAGAUUGCUUAACAUUUGAAAGUGAAACGAACCAUAUCAUUGAGCAAGAGUUAAAAAGAAGCGAGAAAGAUUUAUUGGUUUCAAAUACUUCUGGAAAUGAUGGAAUAAUUAGAAUUCCGUUAGACUCAAUAGAAGUUAAUGGAUACUCGUAUCGAAUUGGAGAUUGGGUUUUAAUUAAUAAUGCGAAUGAACCAAGCAAACCAACGGUUGGUCAGAUUUUCCGCUUGUGGUCGACCGAAGAUGGAACUAAGUAUACGAAUGUAUGUUGGUAUUAUCGCCCAGAGCAAACAUGCCAUAAAUUUGAUCGCUUAUUUUUCAUUAAUGAGGUGUGUAAAACUGGGCAAUAUCGUGAUCAUUUAGCUUCCGAAAUAGUGGGGCCAUGUUAUGUCAUAUUUUUGACGCGAUAUCAAAAGGGAGAUCUUCCUGAAGGAGUAAUCGCAGAAGGUUGUCCUUGGUUCAUAUGCGAGUUCAGGUAUAAUGAAAACAGUCAUAUAUUCAACCGUAUUAGGACUUGGAAAGCAUGUUUGCCAGACGAGAUUAGAGAUAAAUCGGAGCAGCCUUUAGUUCCAUUAUCGGAGCCACGUAAGCUAAUCAAGUAUGAAUCCCCAAUCAAAGAUCUCUUACCAGCAGGAGCUGACAUUAAUAUGCCUAUCCCUGAGCCAACUCCAGGACCCAAUGCGAAUAGCCCACCAAUUGUGGGACUGGUGUAUUUGAGACCUCCCAGUGAAGAGGAUGAAUUGGGUCAAUACAUCUCGAGUCCUAAUGUUACCGCUAGCCCUGAGAAUGACGAUAGAGUCAAUAAUCGUAGAGCAUUUUUGUUUACUCCGGUACUGCAACUAAAAUUUGGCGGGGGUCUGAACAUGUCCUAUUCCAUAAUGAACUCAAGUAAUCCUGAUAUUGAGGAUAAGUCAUAUAAUUCUAGCGUGACAAGAUACAGACAGCUCUUGCAACAACAGCAGCAACAGGUUCAACAUUACCAGCAAUCAAGGCAACAUACUCCUUCUGUGAAAAGAGCUCACACCCCUACCUCGGGUGGCGCUAUAAUGUCUCAAACUGGUGCCUCUUAUCAUACAUCUACAUCUGCAUAUUCCACUUUAAUCAAUGGAGGUGUGCUUUCCUACACCUUAGCAGAUGAGGAUAAUAAGUUGAGUGAAAUUAGUGAUGGCUUCAACCUUCGAAAGAGAAGGUUGGAGGAUUCAGAAGAGAUAAAUGAACUCGUUUGGUACAGAGCUCCACCUCUACUAGUGAACAACAGAGUAGUUUCGGAUGGUAGCAUUAUUUUAGGUCACUCUGCUCAAUACGUUGCUUGGAAAUUAAAGAAUCUGAGUACAUAG